GCCACCAAUCUUAGAUGAAUCAGCACACAAUCGUCUAACACAGCUUGUUCUAAAUCAUCACCGUAUGACUAAAAGAGAUAUUCAAGCUGCAUUGGAACAGCAAGAAGAAAAACGUCGAGAUUGGGCGGAAGAGCAUCUUCACUGGGCAAUCAAAGAAUGGAAGAAUGUUCUUUGGUCAGAUGAAAAGUAUUUUUGUUUAAUUCGUCCUAAUCUACACCAGUACAUAUGGAGAAUGCUACACGAAGAGUUUGAUGAUGAUUGCCUUGUUCCAGCAAUUAAAUCUAAAGGUGUUAUGAUGUGGGGAUGUUUUUUUUGGUGGGGUCUUGGCCCUCUUGUCCAUCUCCAUGGCAGUGUUACAAGUGCAUCCUAUCGUCGAACGCUUAGUCGUUAUGCCAUUUCCAAGCUUCAGGACCAAUACCCCAACA